UACGAAUCUGCCCAGAACGCGAUAUACAGGCAUUCGUUGCUGUGCGAAGAUUGCAGUAGCUGGCACAAUCGCAGUCCAGCAUGAUUGAGGGAGGAGCACCGACACCCUGAAGCUGAGACAGACAAGACUCGUGAGAGAGGUGCCUCCCCGAGUAUCCGGACCAUCGCGCAUACGCAACCACCGAGCGACCACCAUGGCCGACCACCAAGCAGCCCCGCCGGAGCAGGAAGCGAGGGACGACAGGCCACAGGAAGACAGGCCACAGGAAGACAGGCUACAGGAAGACACGCCGGCAGAAGAAGGCGGGAGUAACGGGGCAGAGGCGGCACCCGAGCAGCGCGAGCAUGCGCAGACACAGACACCCGCAGAGGCAGAGGCAGAGGCAGAGGCAGACGCAGACGCAGACGCAGACGCAGAGGCGGACGCAGACGCAGACGCAGCCCCAGACGCAGCCCCAGCCGCAGAGACACGGCAGGAGCCCGCAGGCACAGAGCCGCCGCCCCCGCCCACGCCCACGCCCACGCUGAACGUCUUCAACGGCGCAGACACGCCGCGCUCGUCGGAGCAGAUCUUCGACCAGCGCGUCCACGCCGACGCCCGCCCGCGAACAGACUCGCAGUCGACCGCCGCGACCACGGCCACAAGACCCUCGACGCGCAGCUCCCUUGUCUUCGUCGGCACCGCGCUGGACACAAUCGCCGCCUCCAAAGACGCCAGGAAGAACAAGAAGCUCGGCAAUGCCACCAGUGCCGCCCUGGCUGCCAUCAAGCGGGAGGGCGACCCGGCGCGCAUCAGCCCCGAGCUGCUCUUCGAGCCCCUGCAGCUGGCGUCCGAGGUGUCCAAUGUGCCCGUGUCCAUCACCGCCCUGGACUGCAUCGGCAAGCUCAUCAGCUACUCGUACUUCUCCGCGCCCUCGGAGCCCUCGGAGCCCUCGGAGCUACAGGGCGAACCCAGCCAGGGAGCGCCCCUGAUCGAGCGCGCCAUCGACACAAUAUGCGACUGCUUCCAGGGCGAGGCUACACACCCAGACGUGCAGUUGCAGAUUGUGAAGUCGCUGCUCGCAGCUAUCCUGAACGACAAGAUCGUGGUCCACGGAGCGGGCCUGCUCAAGGCGGUGCGCUUGACCUACAACAUCUUCCUGCUCUCCAAGUCGAGCGCAAACCAGCAGGUUGCACAGGGAGCUCUGACGCAGAUGGUCGGCACCGUCUUCGAGAGGGUCAAGGCGAGGCUGGCUGUCAAAGAGGCACGAGUCAAUCUGUCGCGUGCCUCGCUGAACGAGAAGGAUCGGUCAGACGAGAGCUUAGAGCAGGAAGACGAGGAAGGCACACCGGACGUCAAUGACUCAGGUUCAGGCUCACGCUCACGCUCACGCUCACGCUCACGCUCACACUCACGCUCGUCCGGCCAGGACGGCGAAUCAGAGGAGCCCAGUGACAGGGCAGUGGACAUGCACACCGGACCAAAGAUUACCCUCCAAAGCUUCGAGAACAACAUGAGCUUCAACGACGACCGGAUACACGACAACGCGCCCACGUUAGUCACCCGCAUAAAAGGGAAGCCCAGCUCGCGGCAGGUCUCUGGUGCAGACACAUCCACUCCACAGACCGGCACGGAUGAGGAGGAAGAAGACGAAAUCUUCGUCAAGGACGCAUACCUCGUCUUCCGCGCCAUGUGCCGUCUGAGCACCAAGGGCCUCUCGGUAGACCACGCCCUGGACGUACGGUCGCAGGGCAUGAGGUCGAAGCUGCUAUCGCUGCACAUGGUGCACACUAUCCUCCACAACAACAUCGCAGUCUUCAUCUCGCCAUACGCCACGAUCAGGAGUGGCAGCGGCGACGAGCCCACCAGCUUUGUACAGGCCAUCAAGCAAUACCUUUGCCUCAGUCUGAGCCGGAACGGUGCAAGCUCGGUCAAGCCUGUGUUCGAGGUAGCGUGUGAGAUCUUCUGGCAGAUGCUGAAGUAUCUGCGCGUUAUGCUCAAGAAGGAGGUGGAGGUGUUCUUGAAGGAGAUCUAUCUUGCCACACUAGACAAGCGUGCAGCUCCUGCCUUCCAGAAGCAGUACGUCUUGACAAUUUUUGGCCGGCUGGCUGCAGACCCAAGGGCGUUGGUCGAGGUGUACCUAAACUACGACUGCGAUCGCACUGCGCUCGACAACAUGUACCAGCGCGUUGUGGAGCAUCUGUCGAAGAUCUCCAGCAAUCCUGUCACAAUCACCCCCAUGCAGCAACAAGCGUACCAAGACCACCGAGAGAAGCAGUCAAAACAGAUGGACUGGCAGACUCGGGGGACACUACCACCUUCGCUCACCACCGUGUCGAUGAACUCGGCUAGUGAAGCGGACGGUGCAUACCCACAAGAGUACGCGAUCAAGCAAGAGUCUCUCGAGGCUCUUGUGGAGAUCCUGCGGUCGCUCGUUGACUGGGCGCAGCAGUCUCUGCCUGAGAGCACAAAAACACAGACACAAGACUCCAGGCUAUCACUAGACGACCUGAGAGUCUCGAUAGACGCGCGAACCCUCGCCGAUUCACCGGCGGCUGGCGCGGACUCCGGCACAGUAACACCUCUCGCAGAGGACGACUACAGCUCACUCGAGAAAGCGAAACAGAGGAAGACCGCCAUGACAAACGCGGUACGACAGUUCAAUUACAAGCCUAAGAAGGGUCUGAAGGUCCUGAUCAAGGAUGGCUUCAUCUCUUCCGAGUCCCCGGAAGACAUUGCUCGUUUCUUCCUCGACAACGACCGGUUAGACAAGGGUGCGCUUGGCGAGUUCCUCGGCGAAGCUGACGCCGAAAACAUCGCCAUUAUGCAUGCAUUUGUCGACUUGAUGGAUUUUACCAAGACUCGAUUCGUAGAUGCGCUGCGCCGUUUCCUCCAGAGCUUCCGGCUUCCUGGUGAAGCGCAGAAGAUUGAUCGUUUCAUGCUGAAGUUUGCUGAACGCUACAUGACCGGCAACCCGAACGCGUUCGCCAACGCUGACACUGCCUACGUUCUUUCCUACUCUGUGAUCAUGUUGAACGUCGAUCAGCACAGCAAGAAGAUGAAGGGCCCUCGCAUGACGCCGGAAGACUUCAUCAAGAACAACCGCGGCAUCAACGAUAAUGCGGACUUGCCGGAAGAUUAUCUCCGUGCCAUCUACGACGAGAUCGCGCACAACGAGAUCGUCCUCAACACCGAACAGGAGGCUGCGGCAGACAAGGGCCUGGUUGCUCAACAACCUGCUGGAGGCCUUGGCCUUGCGAGCAUAGGUCAAGCGCUGACAGGUGGUGCGCGAGACCUGCAAAGAGAAGCCAUUGCACAGGCUUCCGAAGCAAUGGCGAACAAGACCGAGCAGUUGUACAAGCAACUCCUCCGAGCUCAGCGCAGGACCGCUGCUACUCUGCCAGUGUCAAAGUACAUCCCCGCUUCGUCAUCGAAACACGUCGGUCCCAUGUUUGAAGUGACCUGGAUGCCGUUCCUCAUGGCCCUCUCUGGCCAGGCUCAGGAUCACAACAUCGAGAUUGUGCGUUUGUGUAUUGAGGGCAUCAAGCUGGCGAUCCGGAUAUCCUGCCUCUUCGAUCUGGAGGAUGCCCGUCAGGCCUUUGUGUCUUUCCUCGCACGAUUCACCAACCUCUACAAUUUGAACGAGAUGAAGGCCAAGAACAUGGAGGCGCUAAAGACACUGAUCGAGGUCGCGCACACAGAGGGCAAUUUGCUGAGAGAGUCUUGGCGCGAGAUUCUCACGUGUGUCUCACAGUUGGAUCGUUUCCAGCUAAUCUCGGCUGGCAUCGACGAGCGCGCGGUACCUGACGUCCUGAAGUCGAACACAGGGUCACAGUCGAAGAAGAAUCUCAACGUCCCUGGCAACCGCCGGCGACAAUCCCAUGUCAACAGCGUACACUUCUCGGCGGAUGUAGCGGAAGAGAGUCGCUCCACAGACAUCGUCCGGGGAGUAGACCGUAUCUUCACCAACAGUGCGAAUCUGUCUGGUGAGGCGAUUGUCGACUUCGUCAAGGCACUGGUCCAGGUUAGUUGGCAAGAAAUUCAGUCGUCAGGACAAAGCGAGUCGCCACGGACCUACAGUCUGCAGAAGCUGGUCGAAAUCAGUGGAUACAACAUGACCCGUGUGCGAUUCGAAUGGACCAACAUCUGGCAAGUACUGGGCGCCCACUUCAACGAAGUCGGCUGUCAUACCAACACGAACGUCGUAUACUUCGCUCUCAACUCGUUACGACAGCUGUCCAUGAAGUUCAUGGAGAUCGAAGAGCUUCCUGGAUUCAAAUUCCAAAAAGACUUCCUAAAGCCCUUUGAGCACAUUAUCAACAACGCCAGUGUUGUCUCGGUCAAGGACAUGGUCUUGCGCUGUCUGAUCCAGAUGAUUCAAGCACGCGGCGAGAACAUCCGCUCUGGCUGGAAGACCAUGUUUGGCGUCUUCACUGUUGCCGCCCGGGAGCCUUAUGAGGGCAUUGUCAACCUAGCAUUCGAAAACGUCACACAGGUGUACAACACCCGCUUCGGUGUCGUCAUCUCCCAGGGCGCGUUUGCAGAUCUGAUCGUCUGUCUGACCGAGUUCUCGAAGAACUACAAGUUCCAGAAGAAGUCACUACAGGCAAUCGAGUUGCUGAAAUCGUCGGUGCCGAAGAUGCUGAGGACGCCAGAGUGCUCACUGUCUGCUCGUGCUGGCUAUCUCAAGGAGUCCGAGAAGGGCUCCUCCAUCCCCAAGCAGCCCACUCAUCAGACACAGGAAGAGCAGUUCUGGUUCCCUGUGCUCUUCGCCUUCCACGAUGUUCUCAUGACUGGCGAGGAUCUGGAAGUGCGCUCAAGAGCAUUGAGCUACCUGUUUGAUACGCUCAUCAGCUAUGGCAGCAACUUCCCACGCGAGUUCUGGGACAUGCUCUGGCGGCAGCUGCUCUACCCCAUCUUCAUGGUUCUCAAGUCGAAGUCGGAGAUGACCAAGGUCCUGAACCACGAAGAGCUGUCCGUCUGGCUCUCGACAACGAUGAUUCAAGCGCUUCGCAACAUGAUCAAGCUCUUCACACAUUUCUUCGAUUCACUAGAGUACAUGCUCGACCGCUUCCUCGACCUCCUGGCGCUCUGCAUCUGCCAGGAGAACGACACCCUAGCCCGCAUCGGCAGCAACUGCCUGCAACAAUUGAUCCUCCAGAACGUCCAAAAGUUCAAGCCAGAACACUGGAGCCAAAUCGUCAAAGCCUUCGUCGACCUCUUCCACCGCACCGAAGCCUCCGCACUCUUCUCGGCCGCCACAUCCGGCUCCAGCGCCCCCACCCCUCUCAACGGCACACGAAGCACCUCCGACGACGCAAAAUCCAUCGCCGAAUCCACCAAUAUCAACCUCGAAACCGCGCCCACCGAGACUUCCACCGAGCCCUCCAACGGUCUCGGCAUCAACGGCCUCGACAGCCCGCACCGUCCCUCGCUCGUCACGGAGUCCACAGCCGGCGACGUGCCUACGCGGCAGACAAGCGACCUAGAGGACUACCGGCCUGAGGAACAUUCGCUGCAACAACCCCCAGUUGUCGUUACCGCUGCGCGCCGCCGCUUCUUCAACCAGAUCAUAACAAAGUGCGUCCUGCAACUGCUCAUGAUCGAGACCGUGCAAGAGCUCUUCGGCAACGAACUCGUCUACUCAAAUAUUCCCUCCGGCGAACUGCUGCGGCUCAUGGCCGUGCUGAAGAAGAGCUACCACUUCGCCAAGCGCUUCAACGCCGACCGCGAUCUGCGGUCACGACUGUUCAGAGAGGGGUUCAUGAAACAGCCGCCGAAUUUGCUGAAGCAGGAGAGUGGAAGUGCGAGUGUGUAUGUUGGGAUUUUGUUCAGAAUGUACCACGACACAUCCUCCGACCGCGCCGCCUCGCGCUCCGAAACCGAAAAAGCAUUGAUACCGCUGUGCGAGGAUAUCAUCCAAUCUUACAUCGAACUCGAUGAGGAGACGCAGCAGAGGAAUAUCGUUACCUGGCGUCCCGUCGUCGUCACUGUCUUGGACGGGUACGCCAAUUUCCCUGACGCGGAGUUCGAACGGCUCACAGAUGUGUUCGCUCCUCUUGUGGUGGGGUUGCUGGGCACGGAGAUGGCGAGUGAUGUCCAGAGGGCUGUGCAGGCGCUGGUUAUGAGGAUUUUUGAAAGGAAGUUGGGGACUAGGCCUGUCAAGCUGAUGGGGCCCGAUGACAGGCGCAGAGGCAGUGCGGUGGGUAGUCCGGAGGUUGGACGAACGCCAAGGACGAGAUAGGAGUUCGACCUGGCGAGUUGUGGGAUAAAGAGGCUGUGAAACGAUUACUCCGGUUGGGUGAAACGAUUACUCCAGUUGAGGCAGCACAGUAUUCAAACCAAGGAGACUUUGUCAGCUCGCUGAGCUCGGUCUCUUGUUUUCUUCAAAAAGUGGUUGUAUACUAUAAGUGUUCACGUGGUUCAAAAGCACCGGACUGGUGUUGGAGCAUGGUGUUGGGGUGUAAUGAAGUAUGUUUGUCGCUCACACUUGCCAUUUUUCCAAGCCAAGAAGACCCUGUAGUCUCCAGGCGCAGCUGGAUUCACAUUUGAGACCAAGUCGGGACUCGAGUCAAGUGGAACUACUUAGUCACAAGAAAACUUUUGUCGCAGUUCUUAAGCAACCAACCGAUGUAACGAUUUCUAGCUUUUCCCGCAAUAAUAGAUCAUCAGUGUACUGGAGGGGUCCAGUAUUCCACUGUG